AUGGCGUCUUCAAGCUCCCAACCGCCGCCGCCGCCGCCCAUGGAGCCCAUAGAACCCCAACCGACAUCAUCGCCAUCCACUCGUGCUCCAUACUUCCCGCCUCCUCCCGCCGAGCUGCACGGUCCUCCGGGCCCUCCUCCCCCAGCGCCAGGUCAGGGCCUCGCCUUGCAAGUCGGCCCAGAUCACCCAGGGAGCGCAACCAGUAUCCCGACCGUCCCCGGGCACACCCUGACUCCCAUGGUCCCCCCGGCAGCGUUGGACGUCCGCAACAUCAAGGCCUCGGCGCAGUUUCACCUCGGCGAGUUCCUUCGUGUCCGGGGCCAGCUACAACAACAACAACAAGGUGGCGGCGCGGCGAGAUUCGAGCUUGAAUCCCGCUUGAGAAGUCGGGCUGGCAUGGCACUAGGUGACCUGAGCACGCUGCAAGCCGAGGUGCGAGCCCUUGCGAAAGCUGCCGAGGGCCAUCGGUGGAGAAGAUUCCUCGUCGGAGGCGCAAUCGCGGCAUUCAUCCCUGCCGUCCGCAAAAUCUUCCGCCGCAACUCCGACGAAGAAUCGCAGCUUUCAUCCAACGACACCGAGUACGCCUUUCGCAAAUCCAAGGGCCUCUUGUCGGGAAUCAAGAGGGCCAUACUGGGUGGAGGCGUGCUUGCCAAGGUGGCCUUUUUCGUCUUUGCCAUUUUGUACGUGUUUCAGAACGAAGUCACCAUCAGGGUGGCCAGGACGCUGAACAAGAGGUUGAGGAUGCUGGCGGAGCGGCUUGAGGCUGGGGACCCGGACAUGAACGAAGGCGACUUGAGGGUGUUUGACGGGUGGCGAUGGCGGGUGCUGUUGUGGUGA